AUGCAAAGAAGGACGCGGAGGUACUGGUGCCCACAACUAUCAGAAGUGAUAGAUAACAGGACGGGUAGUUAUUUAUGUCUGCAUAACGAGAAGACCAGCAUUUUUACUGGUGAUGUGAGCGAGCACGGGGAGGAGAUAGGGCCAUGUCUUUUUUCUAAUUUGACAAAACCCCAUUCCCACAGGAAGAAAAAGUCUAACAGCACUUCCAUCACUGAGUUUCUUCUCCUGGCAUUUGCAGACACGUGGGAGCUUCAGCUCUUGCACUUCUGGCUCUUGCUGAGCAUCUACCUGGCUGCCCUCCUGGCCAACGGCCUCAUCAUCACUGCCGUAGCCUGUGACCACCGCCUCCACACCCCCCUGUACUUCUUCCUCCUCAACCUCUCCCUCCUCGACUUGGGCACCAUCUCCACCACAGUCCCCAAAUCCAUGGCCAAUUCCCUCUGGGACACCAGGGCCAUCUCCUAUGCAGGAUGUGCUGCCCAGGUCUUUCUGUUUCUCUUUUUGAUCUCAGCAGAGUAUUUCCUUCUCACUAUCAUGGCCUAUGACCGCUACGUUGCCAUCUGCAAACCCCUGCACUACGGGACCCUCCUGGGCAGCAGAGCUUGUGUCCACAUGGCAGCAGCUGCCUGGGGCUGUGGGUUCCUCAAUGCUGUGCUGCACACUGCCAAUACAUUUUCACUACCCCUCUGCCAAGGCAAUGCUGUGGACCAGUUCUUCUGUGAAAUCCCCCAGAUCCUCAAGCUCUCCUGCUCGGAUGCCUACCUCAGGGAAGUUGGGGUACUUGUGGUUAGUGCCUGUUUAGUCUUUGGUUGUUUUGUUUUCAUUGUGCUAUCCUAUGGGCAGAUCUUCAGGGCUGUACUGAGGAUCCCCUCUGAGGAAGGACGGCACAAAGCCUUUUCCACGUGCCUCCCUCACCUGGCUGUGGUCUCCUUGUUUGUAAGCACUGCCACGAUUGCCUACCUGAAGCCCCCCUCCAUCUCGUCUCCAUCCCUGGACCUGGUGGUGGCAGUUCUGUACUCAGUGGUGCCCCCAGCCAUGAACCCCCUCAUCUACAGCAUGAGAAACCAUGAGAUCAAGGAUGCCCUCAGAAAACUA